AUGAUGAAGAGGAAGAGGAAAGGGUCCCCGAUUUGGAUCUCUAGCCUGCCUGCUCUAACGGUGAAAUCGCCAGCUCAAGACGUCCCGUCUCUUAUCUGGUCUCCUCGAAUGGAGCUUCAACGGACAGAUUGGUGAUGACACGGCUUCUCCUGGCAGCGAGAACCAACGACGAUUGAUGUUGGUGAUGAUGAUGUCGGUGACGCAGCGGC